GUCAAGGAACAAUAAAAAAAAAAAAAAAAAUCCUCUCUCCAGCUAGUCCAAAUCAGUUAGCAUAACUAAAACUUGGUGGUUUAUGCUCAGUCUUCAAAACAUGGAAGGUUCAUGAACAAAAAGGGGGAUUUUUGCGACAAAAAUUGGAAUAGGGAGAUGAAGGAAAUUAAGACGAGGGACUUAAUUGGAGAGAUGAAAACCGGUAGCCACAAUCGCCAACCAUCAUCGGCAAUCAUACACUCUUACGCCCCCCCUGCACGCUUGCACCCCUACUUCGUGCACUCCUACGCCCCCCUGCACACCUCUUGCACCCCCCUCUUCUGCACCGAGCCUGCUCCCCUCUUUUGCAACCCUUUAUACCCCUGCUGCUGCACCGAGCCUACGCCCCUGUACUGCUACGCCCCUCUGCCCUGCUGCGCCUCCUGCACUUUGCGCCCCCAAUCCUGCGCCUCUGCACUCCUGCUUGCUACAGCCUUGUUCUUGCCUCACCUAUAGAAAAAAACAGCGCAUACCAGACAAAAUCGGCAUCAUCAGUGCUUGUUGGAGGAAGUUUUUAUUUUAUUUUUAUUUUAUUUUAUUAUUUGGGUAUAUAUAUAGAAAAAAGUCAGAUCAAAAGGGAGGUCUUUUGUUGAUUUUGGGUUUGGUUUUGGGAGUCUCAUUCUGAGUUUUCGAAGAGCAGUAGAAAGGGAUUUCAUGGGGAAGAAAGGGGGUAACAACAGCGGUUGAGAGGAAGGACUGCACAAGCAUUUUGAAGGGGACUAGAGUCUUCUUCUACUCUCGGCCUUCCCUCUUUCCUUCCGGUUUUUAUUUCAGUUAUUUUUCCUUCUGGAUUUCCUGCAGAGUUCUAAAAAAAAGGGAAAGGAUUUCUGUUUUGGGGCGACGGUUGAAAGAAGGAUCAUUGAGUUUCCAGUGAAAGCACAUUUUCUGGGUUGACUCCUCUUAGGUAAAUUUUCUUAUCAGAGAAAGUUUUGGGAAGAGCAGUGAGGGAGAUGAUUGGAGCUUGAUCCCGUAGGUGGGAUUCCUCCCUCCUAUCUUGAUCUGUUCUUUCCGAAAACUUUUGCUAUGUUUGUCUCAAUUUCUUUAGAUUUCAUGUGCUAGAAUUGUAUUAGAUGAUGACAUUAUGAAUAAAAUCAAUCAAGCAUG